CACAGAACCCAAGCUAAACCCAUUGUGAAUGCAUUUAAGAUUUUCCAGAAAAGAAGUGGGAAAUGUCUCAGGUUCCCAAAUUUUUCCAUUGCGAGCAUACGUUAUACAUAAAUGCUUACACAAAACUGUCUGGGUUCGAAUCUACUCAAAGCAAUUUGCGCGCAACUCUUCAGUUCAACUCCAUCUAAUUUUUUGGCCAUCAGUUCAACUCCAUCUAAUUUUCUGGCUAUCCGCUCAAGUCUAAGGCACUCACAAAUAUCGAUACCUCGGAAUUACUACAUAUCAGAAAGCGCGUUAAUUAAGGCAUUCGUUGAAAAUGGAGGCCGUUGCAGAGGGUUUGUGGGGUUUGGCAGAGGAAUUUGAAGAAAAAGGCAACAUUGGCCCGGCUGUUAAAUGCCUGGAAGCUAUUUGCCAAAGCCAGGUCUCUUUUCUUCCAAUUAUUGAAGUGAAAACUCGCCUGCGCAUUGCAACGCUCUUGUUGAAUUACACCGACAAUGUCACGCAUGCAAAAAUGCACUUGGAGCGCGCGCAAUUAUUGUUGAAACAAAUACCCUCAUGUUUUGAACUCAAGUGUCGUGCAUAUAGUCUGCUUAGCCAGUGCUAUCAUCUUGUUGGGACAAUACCUCCUCAAAAGCAAACAUUGAAAAAGGGCUUGGAGUUGACAGUCUCUGCUGGAGAAGGGGAGUCAGCAAAGUUAUGGUCAUGCAACUUCAAUUUACAGCUUGCAAAUGCUUUGACAACUGAAGGGGAUUUUCAAGGGGCAAUAAGUGCUUUAGAGUCUGGACAGCAGUAUGCCAAGGAGACAAAAUAUAGUGAACUUGAGAUGGUUUUUGCAACUUCAAUAUUGCAUGUUCAUCUUAUGCAAUGGGAAGAUCCAGCCGUUGUUGAGAAAGCUGUCGAAACAUGUGAUACAAUCUGGAACAGUAUUCCAUCAGAUCAGAAAAAUUUGUGUCGUGGUCUGCAACUUUAUAAUGAGUUGCUGCACACCUUUUACCUUUUACGUAUAUGUGAUUACAAAGAGGCCCAAAAGCAUGUUACUGCCUUGGAUGCUGCUUUACAAAAUGAUAUGCAACAAACAGAACGAUUCAAGGAAUUAAGUACAGAACUUAAGAGUGUAGAGAAUACACUUUCUCGACCUGGUUUGCAGGAAAGGAAAAGGUCAGAACUGUCUGAGAAGCAAAAGAAACUACAGGAGGAGUUACAUAAGGUGCAGAAGUCAAAAAUGGACCACAAUGGCCAAUUUGCAGAGCCCUCUAGUUUUGGGAAUCCUAGAUCAAUUUGGAAAGAAAAACUGGAAUUAGGACCUCCUCCACUAAAUGGAGAGUGGUUACCAAAGAGUGCAGUUUAUGUAUUAGUUGAUCUUAUGGCAGUUUUAUAUAUGCGGCCUAAGGGAACGUUUAAAGAAUGUAUAAAGAGAAUUGAGUCAGGAAUAUCAUGCAUUGAAGAGGAGCUAGGGAAGCUUGGAAUAAGUGGGAAUGUGAAAGAGGUGGAUUUGCAACAUUGGGCAAUUUGGAUGGCAGGUGUUUAUCUAAUGCUUCUUGUGCAGCUUCUGGAAAACAGGGUUAUUAUAGAUUUGACAAGGACAGAAUUUACAGAAGCACAGGAGGUUCUAGUGCAAAUCAUUGACUGGUUUGAGCGCUUUCCAACCAUUUUACAAGGGUGUGAGAACACCAUUCAAAUGCUUCUUGGCCAAUAUACGCAUUCAAUAGGCUGCUUCAGUGAAGCUGCUUUACACUUUACUGUAGCAACCAAGCUAACAGAGAGUAAAAGUACGCAAGCAAUGUGUCAGAUUUAUGCAGCAAUAUCUUACAUUUGUAUCGGUGAUGCAGAGUCAUCCUCUCAGGCACUAGAUUUGAUAGGUCCUAUCUACAGGGCAAUGGACUCGUAUGUUGGUGUUAGAGAGAAAACAGGUGCACUUUUUGCUUCUGGGCUUCUGCAAAUGAAACAGCACAAUUUACAAGAAGCACGAACACGCCUAGCAAGUGGCCUGAAGGUUACCCACAAGAGUCUUGGGAACCUUCAACUGGUUUCUCAAUAUCUGACAGUUUUAGGUAGCUUGGCACUUGCCCUUCAUGACAUAGCGCAGGCACGAGAUAUCCUGAAGUCGUCUUUAACGUUAGCUAAAGCUCUGCAUGACAUUCCCACACAGAUUGGGGUGCUUGCUGAAUUAACAGCUUUGUAUCGAGAACUUGGUGAGACAGCUAAUGAGACUGAGAAUUCGGAAUAUGAGGCUAAAAAGGUUGAAGAUUUGACGAGGAGAAUUGAAAGUGCCAAAGCUUCUCCUCAUCACCUUCGUCUGUUGAAGUUUGGCAUUGAGAGAUGAUUUACAAAAUGGAAGGCGGAAGCCAGUUACGAUUUUUCUGGAAAUACAAAAACUUGUAACAUAUUUCAAAAUGUAAAUUCUGAAUUCUUGAAUGGAUUUAAAGGAUCUAAUAGCUUGUUUACAUUUGUAGAAAAUUCUAUUUGCUUGUGAAUAUGAGCAACAAUGUCUUGUUGACUUUCUAUGUAAUUAUUUUUUCUGCUAUAGUUCUUCCAUUUAAUGUAGAGAGUUCUGCUAUUUUAAUACCAACAGAGAGCUUUGGCCAGAUGCCAGGAGGAAAAUAAGAUCUCUAUUUUAAAUCAUCUUAUUAUAUAUGAGAAUACAUUUCAAUGAAAAAAUAUGAUCUACAAUCAGUUCAUGCA